GGAUUUAGGGUUAUUUGGUGAAGAAGACAAAAGAGAGAGAGAGAGAUAGAGAGAGAGAGGUCAGUGGUGUUUCAGGAAUUUCUCAAAAUGGGACAACACCUCAGCGAGGAGUCUGAUAGAGUGGAAAUUGAUGUGGCUGAGCUUCAGGAAUGGUACAAGAAGUUUGUGGUAGAAUGUCCUAGUGGGACCCUUUUUAUGCAUGAAUUUAAGCGAUUUUUUGGUGUAACAGACAAUCAAGAAGCAGCAGACUACGUGGAACAUAUGUUUAGAGCCUUCGAUAAAAAUGGGGACAACACCAUAGAUUUCCUGGAAUAUGUGGCUGCUCUGAAUCUAGUUUUACGAGGAAAACUUGAACAUAAGCUGAAAUGGACUUUCAAGGUGUAUGACCGAGAUGGAAAUGGCUGUAUAGACAAGACUGAGCUACUAGAGAUAGUAGAGUCCAUUUACAAUUUGAAGAAAGUGUGCCGCCAGGGACAAGAUGAUCGUAUUCCCUUGUUGUCACCGGAAGAAGUGGUGGACAGAAUAUUCCAGCUGGUGGAUGAGAAUGGAGAUGGCCAGCUCUCCCUGGAUGAGUUUAUAGAUGGUGCUCGGAAGGACAAGUGGGUGAUGAAGAUGCUCCAGAUGGACGUCAGUCCGGGCAGCUGGAUCACUGAGCAGAGGAGGAAGAGUGCUCUUUUUUAAUGCUGAUUUGCUUUUCAUUGUUUUGUGAAUACCUGAAGAGCUCAUUAAGAAGUGGGACUUGUCAGUGAUGGAUGAAAGCAGACAAGCAGACAUUCACUUGGCUUAUGUACUGAAGAUCUGAACGUAAUGCCUGUAGAAUGGAUUUCUGAUCAGAAAUGAUUAUACAUUGGUGUAUUUUUCUGAAUCACAGUUGCUGCUAUCACAUUGCUGAUGUCCACGUGUUCCCCAAGAUCUAAUGCAGUGUGAGCAGAUGUAAGGUGAUUCCUGAACUUUGUAUGUGGCCAAACCUGGAAGAUAUGGGAAGUGCUUGGAUAUCCUUAUUUUGUAAUCUCAAUAUCUUACUAAUCAUUGUCUAUGUGAUUGUGUGGACAGAAGUGGAGGUCACCUGUAAAAUGUAUUAUUUCCCACUCCCUAAUGAUUACCGAAAACUAUACAAAUGGAGAAGUGUUUGAUGGGUAAAUAUAGGAAGCUAUGCAGCGUAUAUCUGGGUGGGUUAUAUAACAAAUAUAUGGGUGGUUGGAAAAGCUUGAUAUGGAUGAAGGUAACAUGGUUUUGAACCAUACAUUAAAAGUGUACAGAAAGCAGAAUAUGAAGUUAGAAUAUGUAUAUAUUAUUGUGCUCUAUUUAAGCUAUGCAAUGCAUUUCUCUUGUUCAAUGUGUACUUGUCCCCUGCAUACGGUGAGGGCAGACAUUUUGUAGGCUAAAUCUUUAUUCAGUCUCCAUGUAUGACUUUUUAUCUAGCUGUAGCCAACAACUCAUGUCAUUGACCAUGGAACUUAAGGGUCUGAUUCACAACAGGAAGCAAAUGAAUUUGCAGCUGGGAUCCUGUAUUCAGCAUUAUGCAAAUUAUGCAAAUGUUGAGGGUGCCUGGAUAUAUAUUGAGACACCCACUGGUGGCUUUGCAACUCCCUUCAGCUGUGUACAAAGAUGCAGCAUCUGUCGCAGUUCAGUUGAGUAGUAACGUUCGGAAUUGUCCUAUGGUCACGCAGCAUGGUCGCAGUUAGUAAGAUGUCCAAGACACUGCAACUACAUAUGGGAUUGCAGUCGCUGUCUCAAAUAGACUUUAAAAUAUUUGCAAUAUGCCUGUGUGUUUCUGCUACUCCCUGUUACUCCCCCAAAUGGUGCCCGUCUGUCAGUCACUUAGCAAGUAAAUCCUCCCUGCGAUAGCCAUUGCAAGACCAUCAUUGUGCAUGCGCAGUGCAAUCUAGUUGCAUGUACAGACUGCUGAUUGCUCAACUACUGAAAAAUCAGGUUUGCAUAUAUCUCUGAAUAAGACCGAAAGAGUACUCUGACUUUCUCUGACCAUAUUGUUAAUAAGUUAUAGCUGUUUUUGUUUUAUUCUAACCUAUUCAUGUUAUGGAAGAAAGCAGAGUUAUUAUAUUAUGUCUGAUUGCAAAGAAAAUCUUCAGAACAAAUUCUUCACAAUUUCCUUGCAAUUGGUGUUCUUACCAGUUGAUUAAAUAAACCUUUUUAAUGUUG